AUGAGCAAUGGAUAUUCUGUGCACUCUUCAGGUUCUUACAUGCAAGCAAUGCAAUCAAUGGUUGAAGUUUCUCAAACUUUUCGAUUGACUGCAAAAGAACAAGAACUACCUGAAAUAGAAAACCAUAAGGAUGAAAACAAAGAUUCUUCUACAGGAAUAUUAACCUGUCUAACUCAGGAUAGGAAUGAAUGGGAUGAUAUAUUUGAUGAAUUUGCAGAUUUAUCUCACCAGAAGCUGGAUGAGCUUAUCAGCAAUAAAAACGGACCGAAAACCGUUAAUAUAUUCAGAGAAUUUUUUACGUUGAUGGAAAACAGUGGACUGCAUGUGUCCCAGGAGUCAUUUUUGGAACAUUUAAUGUCCAUUUUAAAGUCUAAUGCUGAACAUAGCCACUUGGAACAGGAUCUAUUCGAUUAUUUGGGGUCAGAAAACAUUGGUUUGCUCUCUUUUAUUAUACAGAAUAAGGAGUUUCUUGCAAGGGUACCCCUAGCCGAUCUUAAUGGUAUUCGAGAAGUUGUCUUUUCUCAGUCUGGUUUCUUGUCUGAGACAGAUAUUCGUUUUCAAGUAUUAGCAAAUGCAAGUCAUGCCAAGGGUCAAGAAUUACAUGAGAUGCCAAAAGUUGUACGUUAUCCGCAUGUAUUCAGAAAGCAUGAACUUGGAACAUCAUCUUCAUUUUCCUUUGGUGGACAGAAAUACGUACUUCCAAUUGGCACUACUAGGGUGUCUUUAAACUCACACGAAGAGAUUGUGAUUCCAUGUUCAGAUAGAAAGAAUCAAUAUAUCUCAUUAGCAGAUCAGAUAAAAAUAAGUGAUCUUGAUCAAGUUUGUCAGACAAUAUUUGACUAUAAAACCUUGAAUAUGAUGCAAUCUUUAGUUUAUCCAGUUGCAUACAAAACCAAUGAAAAUAUGCUAAUUUGUGCACCAACAGGUGCUGGUAAAACGGAUGUUGCAUUGCUUACAAUAUUGAAUAUUAUAAAUCAAUUUUCUGAAAUUGAUGAUGAUCAGCAAAUUAAUAUUAUGUAUGAUGAUUUCAAGAUCAUAUAUGUCGCUCCAUUGAAGGCUUUAGCUGCUGAGAUAGUUGAAAAGUUUAGUGAAAAGUUGGCCCCAUUCAAAAUUCGAGUACGUGAGCUAACUGGUGAUAUGCAAUUAACGAAGGCUGAAAUAAUCGAGACACAGGUUAUAGUUACAACCCCAGAGAAAUGGGAUGUUGUAACAAGAAAGGCUAAUGGUGAUAGUAGCUUGGUUUCGAAAGUUAGGCUGUUAAUUAUUGACGAAGUUCAUUUAUUGCAUGAAGAUAGAGGUUCUGUUAUUGAAACGCUGGUUGCACGCACACUCCGUCAGGUGGAAAGUUCACAAUCUAUGAUACGGAUAGUGGGGCUGUCAGCUACUUUACCCAAUUUUAUAGAUGUUGCGGACUUUUUGGGAGUAAAUAGGCAUGUUGGAAUGUUCUACUUUGAUCAAUCUUUUCGACCAAAACCAUUAGAACAACAACUGCUUGGUUGUAGAGGCAAGACUGGAAGCCGACAGGGAAAGGAAAAUAUUGAUAAAGUCGUUUAUAAAAAGCUCUUUGAAUAUGCUAGUCAAGGACACCAAGUGAUGAUCUUUGUGCAUUCUAGAAAGGACACUGUAAAGACAGCUAGAACAUAUAUCUCUAUGGCUCGAUCUAAUCAAGAAGCGGAUAUCUUUGUUAGUACUGAACCAUGCGUGGAGAAGUUUGCUAGAGAUAUGACAAGACAUAAAGAUAAGGAUAUGAAAGAAUUGUUUCAGAGUGGGUUUGGUAUUCAUCAUGCUGGGAUGUCUCGUUCAGAUCGUAACUUAACUGAAAAGAUGUUUAAACAGGGUGCAAUCAACGUUUUAAUUUGUACAGCAACAUUAGCAUGGGGUGUUAAUUUGCCUGCUGACAUAGUUAUUAUUAAAGGGACUCAAGUAUAUGAUUCAAAAAAGGGAGGUUUUACUGAUCUUGGUAUUUCAGAUGUUAUCCAGAUUUUCGGUCGUGCUGGUAGACCUGGUUUUGGUACUGCACAUGGUACCGGUAUCUUGUGCACUAAUAGUGACAGAUUAGAUCACUAUGUUUCGUUGAUAACUCAACAACAUCCUAUUGAAUCUAAAUUCGGCCCUAAAAUGGUUGAUAAUUUAAAUGCUGAAAUAUCUUUGGGGACAGUUACUAAUGUUGAAGAAGCUAUCCAAUGGCUAGGUUAUACCUAUAUGUUUGUACGAAUGAAACAAAAUCCAUUUGUAUAUGGUUUAGAUUGGAACGAAUUAAUAAAAGAUCCCCAAUUGUAUAACAAAAGGCAUGAAAUGGUUGUUACUGCUGUAAAACGAUUACACACACUACAGAUGAUUGUAUUUGAUGAUAUUUCUAUGCAAUUCAUUUCUAAGGAUUUAGGUAGAGUUGCUUCUGAUUUUUAUCUUCUUAAUGAAUCAGUAGAAAUCUUCAAUCAACUCUGUAAACCGGGUGUUACUGAAGCUGAUGUUUUAGCAAUGAUCAGUGUUAGCAGUGAAUUUGAUUCUAUUAAAUUUAGGGAGGAAGAAUCAAAUGAACUUAGGAAAUUGUUGGAGAAUGCCGUUCAAUGCCAAGUGGGAGGCACUUUUGACACACCUGCAACGAAAACAAAUAUAUUGUUACAGUCCUACAUAUCCCAGGUUCAUAUUGAAGAUUCUGCAUUAAACUCUGAUUCGAACUAUGUUGCCCAGAAUUCAACUAGAAUCUGUAGAGCAUUAUUUUUAAUUGGUGUUAAUCGAAGAUGGGGUAAGUUUGCAAUGGUUAUGUUGGGUAUCUGCAAAUCUAUAGAAAGGAGAAUGUGGGCUUUCGAUCAUCCACUAUGUCAGUUUGACCUUCCUGACACAAUUUUACGUCGCCUCAGAGAAAAAUCACCCAACUUAGAACAUAUGUUAGACAUGGAACCAUCAGAAUUGGGAGAACUUGUUCAUAACAACAGAAUGGGAAACAAAUUAUAUCGAGUUCUGAGCUGUUUCCCCCUUAUUGAUAUAACGGCAGAGAGUUUUCCCAUUACGACCAGUGUAAUGAGAAUUCGUGCCAAAUUAACCCCCAAGUUCGCUUGGGAUUAUAGGAUCCAUGGAAAUGCCCAGUUUUUCUGGAUAUUUGUCGAAGAAUCAGACAAAUCUCAAAUAUUGCAUUUCGAGAAGUUUAUUUUAAACCAUAAACAUCACACUGCUACACAGGAGCUAGAUUUUAUGAUACCAUUAUCUGAUCCACUACCACCUCAGAUUGUUAUUAAGGCAGUAUCAGAUACUUGGAUGGGUUCGGAAAGCACAUAUGCAGUAUCUUUUCGGCAUUUGAUUAGACCUCACAAUGAGACAUUAUUGACUAAAUUAUUGAGUUUGCGUCCGCUACCUGUUACUGCUUUGAAUAAUGAAUUAAUUGAAUCAAUUUACUCAUUUAAGUACUUCAAUCCAAUGCAAACCAUGACUUUUCAUACCUUGUAUAACACAAACGAGAAUGUUUUUGUUGGUUCACCUACAGGUUCUGGCAAAACAGUUGUUGCUGAAUUGGCGAUGUGGCACGCUUUCAAAGAAUUUCCAGGAAGCAAGAUUGUGUACAUUGCUCCGAUGAAAGCAUUAGUUAGGGAAAGAGUGGAUGAUUGGAGGAGAAGGAUAACUCCAAUAACAGGUGACAAAGUUGUUGAAUUGACAGGUGAUUCCAUUCCUGAUCCUAAAGAUGUGAAAGAUGCAUCUAUAAUAAUCACAACUCCUGAGAAAUUUGAUGGUAUUUCACGUAACUGGCAGACACGUCGAUUUGUUCAAAUUAUUUCACUAGUUAUUAUGGAUGAAAUUCACUUACUGGCAAGUGAUCGUGGCCCAAUUUUAGAAAUGAUUGUAAGCCGUAUGAAUUACAUAUCUUCGCAAACCAAAAAGCCAGUUAGACUACUAGGGCUAUCUACCGCAGUCUCCAACGCGUUUGAUUUGGCAGAUUGGUUGGGUGUAAAAGAUCAAGGAUUGUAUAAUUUUCCUUCCAGCGUUCGUCCAGUUCCAUUAAAAAUGUAUAUUGAUGGAUUUCCUGAUAAUCUUUCAUUUUGUCCAUUGAUGAAAACUAUGAACAAGCCUGCAUUUAUGGCCAUUUUACAACAUUCUCCGAGGAAGCCUGUUUUGAUUUUUGUAGCAUCAAGACGUCAAACUAGAUUAACUGCGUUAGAUAUAAUCCAUUUGUGUGGCAUGCAAGAAAAUCCUCGUAGGUUUUUGAAUAUUGAAGAUGAGGAAUUAAAAUAUUAUGUGUCUCAAGUUUCUAACGACACUUUAAAAUUGUCCUUACAAUUUGGAAUCGGCUUACAUCAUGCUGGUCUUGUAGAGAAGGAUCGUGAGAUUUCUCAUCAACUAUUCCAAAUGAACAAGAUACAAAUAUUGGUUGCAACAGCAACUUUAGCGUGGGGCGUGAACUUACCAGCACAUUUAGUUAUUAUAAAGGGAACCCAAUUUUAUGAUGCAAAAAUUGAGGGAUACAGAGAUAUGGACUUGACAGAUAUUUUGCAGAUGAUGGGAAGGGCAGGUAGACCUUCAUUUGAUACUACAGGAACAGCUAUAAUCUAUACUAAGGAAUCAAAAAAAACGUUUUACAAACAUUUUUUGAAUGUGGGCUUUCCUGUAGAGUCUUCACUUCACAAGGUGUUGGCUGACCAUAUUGGUGCCGAAGUCGCAUCGGGUACAAUUCGUGAUACCCAAGAAGCCCUAGAUUUUAUCAAUUGGACGUUUUUAUUUAGGCGGGCUCAUCAUAAUCCUACGUAUUAUGGUAUAAUUGAAGAUACGGGUUCAGUUGGGGUCAACAAGUAUUUAAGUCAGUUAAUCGACAGCGCUUUUGAUGAUUUAAUCCAGUCUCAAUGUAUUGUGGCCAAGGAAAAUAAAAUAAAGGCAACUCCAUUUUUGAGCAUAUCUGCUUACUAUUAUAUCUCUCAUAAGACCAUAAGAAUGCUUCUAUCUCAGAUAUAUAAUGGAGCAAAGUUCAGGGACGUCUUGAAAUGGUUGUCGAUGGCAGUCGAAUACAAUGAACUUCCAGUUAGAGGAGGAGAGGCUAUUAUGAAUGUCGAAAUGUCAGCCAACUCUCGGUACUCUGUAGAGAGUGUUUUUACUGGUAAACAUGAACUUCCUAUAGAGGAUCCUCAUGUAAAAACAUUUUUAUUAUUGCAAGCAUAUCUCAGCCGCGCAGACUUGGCAAUCGCGGAUUAUUAUCAAGAUACAACUUCUGUUUUGGACCAGUCUUUGCGUAUUCUUCAAGCUUACAUUGAUGUAGCUAGCGAAUUAGGAUACUUCAAAACAGUUAUAACAAUAAUUAGAGUAAUGCAGUGCAUUAAGCAAGGUUGCUGGUAUGAGGAUAAUUCCGUGACAACAUUGCCUGGCUGCACCUUGAGACGUUUGGAAGGCAUCAGCUUUAGCGAUGAUGGGUGGCCUUUAGAAAAUAUUCAUGAAGACUCUACUCUAGAAAUUUUGGGUAGAAUGGGAUAUAAAUCACUGGAAUCUUUGUCUAAGAAGCUAUUGGUAUCUGAGGACUUGAAGAAUAAAUUUAUUCGCGAGGCUUCGAGAUUACCAGUACUAGAUGACGUCCAUUUUGAGCAGCAAAAUAAGGCUGAUGAAUUAGUAUUAGUUGCAAAACAUCAUAAUAAGCCUAGCUAUGGGUUUACUGUAUGCUGUGAAAGAUUUCCUAAAUUACAAAAGGAACAAUGGUUCUUACUCGCUUAUCAGGAUGAAGAGUUAAUGAUGAUCAAAAGGUGUCAGCCAAGAAGGCAAGGCAAAAAGGCAAUAAUCAAGUGUGAGCUUAUUAUACCAGAGGAAUUACAUGGCCAAACUCUGGAUUUUAUGUUAAUCAAUGAUGCUAUGGAUAUUAAGUACAAUUUAGCCUAUAGUCUGCUAUGA